AUGUUUGCCAAAGUGGAGCUGGACAUUCCUUCGGCCGGGGUCUUUAAAGACGCCUUCUUGAAGGUGAACAACGAUCGCGGGCUCUUGGUCCUUGGAACUACCAAGACAGAAGCACAGCCGAAAGGCCGAUCCAAGAAAGUGUUGAAGAAAGAAAUCGCAGAACACAAGACGCACCGUUUGCGCGAGGAGAGGAGCGAGGAGAUGCAGGCCAUCAAGAACUUCCUAUCCUCCCUUCCGGGCUUCGUGAAGGCUGAGUCCGAGUCGGGGACAGACUUCGGAGACGUCGGAGAAGCAGUGCACGUGCCUGGCUUUACCUCCGAAAGCCUGGGCGACAGUGUGGAAGAAGAGGACCAGCCGAAGGUGGCUGGAGAUGCAGCAGCCAGCUCCGGCGCCAUCGGCAGCAGGAAGGCGAGUUACACGUGUGACCCACACGAGUCGGAUUCGCAAGUCCCUUCGCCAGCGCCAGCAUCCCCGCCACCGGAGAAGGAUGGAGAGAAGUUGCUGGACAAGAGUGCGGUGCCAGCACCGCAAACGGCCUUGCAUGAGCAACUAAAGGCCAUGCAGUGCCCAGAUACAGACCUAACGGUAUUGCAGCAGCAACAGCAGCUGAAGAAGAUCGCCAGAGAGGAAAAGGCGGCAAAGGUGCUCGCACGCAAGGGUGGAGGUCGUGGGAAGAAAAAAAACGGCACAAGCGAUGCCGCAGGUGUGCCCAAAGGCCAGCAGGCAGACACUGAGCCCGGCCGAACAGAGAAUCAGGAGACAGGUGUGCCAAACGAAGACCCAACCGAGGAUCCCGGCCACACAGAGAAUCCGCAGACAGGUGUGCCAGACGAAGACCAAACCCAGGAUCCCGGCCACGCAGAGAAGCAGGAGACAGAUGUGCCAGAGGAAGUCCAAACCGAGAAUCCCGGCCACGCAGAGAAGCCGAAGAGCACAGGCUCAAAACGGCCCCAGGCGACUGCCGAAGAAGGCGGGGAACCCAAGAAGCAGAAGACCACGAAGGAGGCACAAUUUGUAAUCGACACACCAGUGCAUAACACUCGCGCAGCAUGCACACGUGCCACGACUGUCAACUUGUCAACUUGGCUGCAGACCCGGACCGUUGCGGAUGUGCACAAAAACCUCUACAAGAUGAACAACAUCGGGCUGAGAAUGCCCACAGCCACGGAGCUCAAGCAGAAGUCCUAUACGGUUCGUGAUCCUAAGCAUAUGGGCAGUCCUGUGCAAGUCCUCCCCAACCACAACGGGUACUACGUGAUCCACAUGAGACAGCACCAAUGGUUCGUGGACGUCGCAAAAGCGCACAUGAUCCAGGCCAACACCAGCAAGCAAGGCUGUGCUGUCAACUGGCAGAAGCACGGGUGGGACUACGGCUGGAGAUUGUCGAUGGUCUUGGCGGGAUGGAUCGACAGGUUGCAGGCCGCCCAUUAUGUCGCGACAAUUACGGAUGAGACGCACUGGCGAGACGAUGCCUCAACGGCUGUCAUCAGAAUGAGGUCGACCUACGACAUCCAGGCCUCGCCCCUGGAAGAGAACAUCCUCUCCACGACAGGGUUUUUGAAUCUCUUGAAAAAAACCUUGCGAAUACAGCCCGGAGGACUGCUCUGGGCGGGGCACCCGUGUUGCAAUAUGAUAUUCAUGUCACAGUCAGUGCAUCAACGAAGUUGCACAAGUCCUUGGGGCAACGACAAAGAGCCCAGACUCCCGACCGCAAUGGUUUAUAAAGCUUGA